AUGUGGGCUACAGUAUAUUGGGUUGAAUAUGUACCUUCAUGUUGGAUAAGAAGAGAUGGGAUUGAAGUGGUAUGCACGUGGCCAAACAAUGACAGCAAUUUAAAAAAAUUUAGAUCCAACCGUAUACAUCCUAACAAAAAUGACUAUACUUAUUAUAAAUGUAGAGUCAUCCCUAAAGAUAUGGGUAAUUAAUAUCUAUUAAUUUAUUAGAAAAUAUAUGUCUAACUUUAUUAUUUUAAUUUUUUUUUUUUUUUACUUAACCUAAUCCUUAUUAGCAUCAUUAUCUGAAGCUCAAAUAAAAGCUGAAAAAGUACAAUUCACGUCAGAUGUAUCAGAUGUAGACAAGUACAACAUAAAGCAUAAAAAAAAGAAAACAUUAAACAGAUCAGCUUUUGUUCAAAAAAAAAAAAGUUCUUUGCUGUCAGGUUGGAAUUGCAUUGAUUAUAUAUAAAAAAUUGUAUAUAAUUACUCGUAUUUACUUUUAAAAAUUGUAUAAUGUUUUGAUUAUAGAAAAAGUCAAAUUAUAUUAUAAUUAUAUAAUGUAAUAACAAUGAAAAAAAAUUAUUGUUUAGUUUCUUUAACAAAUGUUGAUGAAAAAGGUAUAAUAUUAAAGAAGUCCCAUGAUAGGUUUAUUUUAUAUGACAUUGAUGGUGCAAGUUCUGAAAGCAGUAAGUUAUAAUUUAUAUUCAAGAUUAAAUUUGUAUCCAAAUUCGGGACUGUGCUAAGCCGUUCCAAAUUCAAACUAUACAAGCAUUCCAUUCCAUUACUCCCCGUAUGCUAACAUCCACACCUUGGUUUGUAUCGAACUCCAUACUGCACUCUGACCUAAAAAUCGAAUCAGUCGAACAAUUAGCCACCAAACACUGCAAAUCUUUCUAUUCCCAACUACCUUCUCAUAAAACUCCAUUAAUAUUGCAAAUCUCAUCCAUUACCCAGUUCUCAAAUUCCACCCAUGAUGAAUGUACUAUUCUUUUAAAUAUUUGUAUUAAUUUUUUCAUUUAUAAUUAUUGACUUCUUAUACAUAUGUAUUAUUUAAAGCUACAUAUUUAAUAUUAAAUAUUUUCACAGCAACUCUUAUCGAUGAUAGUGAUGUCGAUAAGGAUUAUGUACCUAUGAAAAAACAAGAUGAACGAGGUGAAACCGAAAUCUGACCUGAUUUAGAUUUGUAUUAUAUUAUUUUUAAACAGUUACCAUUGUAACAAUACAUUUUAACCUAAAAAAUGUGAAUAACAUAAUAGUAUAAAUUGUUUAUUGUAAUUAUUAUUAUAGAUAAUGAUAAUGGUGAUAAAGAAGUAUGUAAUUACAGUAUGGAUGACAUUCCGUCUAUUAGAUUUUCUGAAGGAAAAAACACGACCACAGCUGAAAAUUUACAAAACAGUGUAGUAGGUGAUAGUGGUCAUAAUAGUAAUAAUAAUUAG